AUGGUGCAGGUCGACCAGAAGGCCGUGCUCAUCGUCAUCGACGGAUGGGGUGUCGCGACUGAGAAGUCGCGCAAGGAUGGCGACGCUAUUCUCGCCGCCGACACGCCCACCAUGGACGAGUUUGCGAAGAGCGGCUCCCAGACUGCCCAGGGCUACACCGAGCUCGAGGCCUCUUCCCUCGCCGUCGGUCUCCCAGAGGGCCUCAUGGGCAACAGCGAGGUCGGCCACUUGAACAUCGGCGCCGGUCGCGUUGUCUGGCAGGACUCUGUUCGCAUUGGACAGACCAUCAAGAAUGGCAAGCUUGGCGAGAACGAGACUGUCAAGCAGUCGUUCCAGCGGGCCAUCGACGGCAACGGCAGGCUCCACUUCUGCGGCCUGGUCUCUGACGGCGGUGUCCACUCCCACAUCGACCACCUGGUCGCCCUCCUGAAGGUCGCCAAGCAGAUGGGCGUCCCCGACGUCUUCAUCCACUUCUUCGGCGACGGCCGUGACACGGACCCCAAGUCCAGCGUUGGGUACAUGACAGAUCUGCUCAAGGCCACCAAGGAGAUCGGCACAGGCGAGAUCGCUACCAUCGUUGGCCGGUACUACAUCAUGGACCGCGACAAGAGGUGGGACCGUGUCGAGAUCGGUCUGAAGGGUCUGGUCACUGGCGAGGGUGCCGAGGAGAGCAGCGACCCAGUGGCCACUAUCAAGGAGAGGUACGAGAAGGGCGAGAACGACGAGUUCCUGAAGCCCAUCAUUGUCGGUGGAAAAGAGCGCAGGAUUCAGGACAAGGACACGGUCUUCUUCUUCAACUACCGCUCCGACCGAGUUCGUGAAAUCACCCAGCUCUUGGGCGACUUCGACCGCUCGCCCAAGCCCGACUUCCCCUACCCCGCCGACAUCCACCUCACCACCAUGACCGCAUACAACCCUAGAUACACGUUCCCCAUCGCUUUCGCUCCCCAGCGUAUGAAUGACGUUCUUGCCGAGACGCUCGGCAAGCAGGGUGUCAAGCAGUGCCAUGUUGCCGAGACCGAAAAGUAUGCUCACGUUACCUUCUUCUUCAACGGCGGCGUCGAGAAGCAGUUCGAGAACGAGGAGCGCGAGAUGGUUCCUUCGCCAAGGGUAGCCACAUAUGACCUCCAGCCCACCAUGAGCGCAAUGGCUGUCGCUGAGAAGCUCUGCGAGAGAAUCCAAACGGGCAAGUUUGAGUUUUUGAUGAACAACUUCGCGCCACCUGACAUGGUCGGCCACACUGGUGUCUACAAGGCAGCUAUUGAGGCUUGCACAGAGACUGACAAGGCCAUCAAGAAGGUCUACGACCAGUGCAAGGAGAGCGGCUACACCCUCUUCAUUACUGCUGACCACGGCAACGCUGAGGAGAUGCUUACGGAGGAAGGCACCCCCAAGACAUCUCACACCACCAACAAGGUUCCCUUUAUCAUGGCCAAUGCUCCUGAGUCCUGGAGCUUGAAGAAGACCGACGGCGUGCUCGGCGACGUCGCACCCACGAUUCUCGCCCUCAUGGGUCUUCAGCAGCCCGAGGACAUGGAUGGCUCCAGCUUGCUCGUUAAGUCAUAA